AUAAACGCAACGUAAACGUCUAAAUUUAGAUAUUAAUUGCGCAGUAAGUAUUGUGAUGUUACGAUAAUUUGACGGCGCAAAGUAUUAUCUUGUAAGUCUUGACUCUUAACCUUACCUUGUUUUGAUAACAACCACAGAUAUCGUGCUUACCACAAGCCAGUCAAUCUCAUAGUAGAACAUCUUCUUGUCCAAGAUGUAUCGGUCCGUUUUCUUAUUGUUUAUUAUAUAUAGUGUCACUGAAAGUCACCAUUGCCACGGUGACCACGACUGUAUAGUCAACUUCAGACUGAAUCGUAAUAACAACAGAAAGUUCGAGAAACUUUUUGAUAAAGUGUCUAGAAAUGUGAUCGCCGCUGACAGGGAGGUGCACCACGGAUGUGGCGCCACUACCACCAACCCCAUCCAUGAAGUAAUCGGCUCAGAUUUCUACGUUCUCAAAUACACGUUGCCCGAGUUUACUGGUGCUAAUUUUACUAUCAGAAUCAAACAUCGAGUAAUAUAUUUCAAUGCUUACAAAUCAAAUGGACUGUCGUUUAGAGAUGUGAGAAUUUUGCCGCAGAUUAUCCGCACGCAAAGCGCUCAGUGGUUCAUGGAAAAUGGUAUCGUGAAUGUCAUGUUCAAUUACAAAAGCCCGCUGACGACUGUCACGGCAAAACUGUGCGUGGAGUACGUCGAUGAAGUGAUCCUGACCGUUCCAAUGAUGGCGGUCAUCUCCAAUAAUUUAAGGGACGGAGAUAUCGGAACGGCUCUCGAUCUUUCUAGUAAUGUAUAGCAGGCAUCAGGUAGCGCUUGAUUUCAAGAUUUUUUGUAAAAUUGUGUAUAACUUCUAACUAUGCAAUAUCUGUCUUGUAGAAACAAUGUUCUUCAUUAUAGCGUUAUUAUAUUAUAAAUAUUGUAUUAUUGUUAGAUUAUAUUAUAUUAAUAAAUAGAACUCCUUA